CAUACCUCUUUCUGCCUCUUCAACUUUUAUUUCCCCAAAAGCUCUUUCUCCUAACGGCUAUUAUAAUGGCAUACUCAAAGGUAAUCAUUGCUUUAAUGUUGGCCUUUGUGGCCGGAUCCGCUUUAGCACAAGCACCCGGAGCAUCUCCAGCAGCUUCUCCUAAGAGUUCUCCGGCACCGGCAGCAUCACCUCCGAUAGCGGCAACUCCUCCAACUACUACAUCAACACCACCUGUCUCUGCUCCUGCAAAUGCUCCCACAACUGCAUCUUCUCCACCAUCUCCACCAACUGUUGACACUCCCGCAUCUUCUCCUUCCGGCGGUGCUUCUCCUCCAUCUAUCGCCGGCGCUCCCGGGAGUUCUCCUACCGAAUCUCCUAACUCUGCUUCCUUCAACAGAGUCGCCUUCGCCGGAUCUGCUGUUGCAGCUGUCUUUGCUGCUGCUUUGAUGCUUUAAACUUUCUGAUAUGUGAAUAUUUGCAUUUUUUUCAUUCGCCGGAGUUGAUGAGUUAGGGUCUAUUUUUCACUGUUUCUUUGUUACUAAUUCUUUUGGCGGUAGUUGUGACCGCUGUUGUACUAGUAUAUUCUUAUUGUUGAAUACUAUCAUGAGAUUCUUUAUUUA